UUUUGCUUAUUCCCAGAAAUUUGUGCUUGUUUCUAGCGUAUCAUCUGGCAACACUGGACGUGAACGCAGCACCAAAGCGAACGGAAUCGAGGACAUGAAAACAAAAAUGGAUAUCGAUUGAAAAGAGCCAGAUUGUGUGCUGACAUUCUACUAAUGACCUGAGGUGCAAAAGGUGCAGAGGCCAAAGUUCAGAGCUAUGGAGGCUUGGUUUGGUAACAUUGUGUUCAGCUCCAAGUUUGACUCGGGGAAUCUGGCACGUGUUGAGAAGGUGGAAAAGGGCAACUGCAGCCCUCCUGCUGACGCAGUGUCCACUGGAAAUGCCCCCUCAGGGUCAAACUUCAGCCCCGACUAUGAGUUCAAUGUGUGGACGCAGCCAGACUGUGCAAACACUGAACAUGAGAAUGGAAACAGGUCGUGGUUUUUCUUUAGUGUGCGGGGAGCAGCACCCGCGAAGAUGCUGAAGAUCAAUGUGAUGAACAUGAACAAACAGAGUAAACUCUACAGCCAAGGCAUGGCUCCUCUUGUGCGCACUUUACCUGGAAAGAACCGCUGGGAAAGGAUCCGGGACAGACCCACAUUUGAGAUUGUAGACAAUCAGUUCAUCCUGUCAUUCACUCACCGUCUGUCAGAGGUCCGAGGGACAAUCACCUACUUCUCCUUCUCCUACCCGUUCUCUUAUACCGAGUGCCAGGAGAUGCUGCAGCGUUUGGAUGACAGUUAUCCCAACGCUGCUCAGCUCAGUUCCAGCAGUGCACCUGCCAGUGUUUAUUACCAUCGGGAGUUGCUGUGCAACUCCAUUGAUGGCAACCGAGUGGACUUGCUCACUGUGACCAACUGCAACGGGAUGCAAGAGGAGAGAGAGCCUCGCCUGCCGAAGCUGUUUCCCGACACCAGCACUCCAAGACCGCAUCGCUUCUCGGGCAAAAGGGUGUUUUUCCUCAGCAGUCGAGUGCACCCCGGGGAAACACCGUCUUCCUUUGUGUUUAACGGCUUCCUCAGCUUUAUCCUAAGAAGGGAUGACCCCCGUGCUCAUGCACUGCGUAACUUGUUUGUCUUCAAACUCAUCCCCAUGCUCAACCCAGAUGGCGUUGUCCGCGGACACUACCGAACGGACUCCAGAGGUGUGAACCUGAACAGACAAUACCUGAACCCCAGUCCUGAGCUCCAUCCGUCCAUCUAUGCAGCCAAAACACUGCUGCUGCACCACCACACACACAACCAGGUGCAGCACACACACUCCAGUUCCCCAAACACUCAGACUGUUGCCCUCAACAUCAAGACCACCAACCAGCAUCUGGUUCUUCCUCUCACUGCCCUCGAAGUCAACCUGAACCAACGGAACGCAGAGAAGGAUGCGAGUCCUGCCGAGCCGGUGAGUCCCGUGGUGAUGGAAGAAAACGUGUGGGUCACCACGGAGACGGGGAAGGAGGAUCAGAAAAGCUCAACGAGCUCCUCAGAGACUGUGGCUCCAGUUACUGUGGAGGUAACAAACUCACAGCGGGAGCAACAGGGAUCUGUCCCACCUCAGGAGGGGGGCGUGGCAUAUUAUGUGGACUUACACGGCCACGCCUCUAAGCGUGGAUGCUUCAUGUACGGAAAUAACCUUUGUGAUGAGAGCCAGCAGGUAGAAAACAUGCUGUAUCCCAGGCUGAUUGCAGUGAACUCUGCCCACUUUGACUUCCUGGCUUGCAACUUUUCAGAGAAAAACAUGUACGCACGAGACAAGAGAGAUGGCCAGUCUAAAGAAGGCAGUGGGCGAGUCGCCAUUCACAAGGCCAUCGGGCUGCUUCACAGCUAUACUUUGGAGUGCAACUACAACACAGGAAGAACGAUGAACGCCAUUCCACCUGCUUGCCAUGACAGCGGACGGGCAACCCCCCCACCACCUCCAACAUUUCCCCCAAAAUACACUCCAGAAAUAUUUGAGCAGGUGGGUCGUGCCGUGGCGAUCGCCGCUCUGGAUAUGGCGGAGUGUAACCCCUGGCCACGGCUGGUUCUCUCCGAGCACAGCUGCCUGACGAACCUGCGAGCGUGGAUCCUCAAGCACGUCCGCAACACCAAAGGCCUGAAUGCUAACAUUCACACGAACGCACACCGCCUCGAACGCACCACGGUGGCGGCAAGGCUUCGCCGCCGAAGAGCUUCAGCCACUGCCUGUCGGGCUCGUCGUCUGAGAACACCCUCAGCUGGGAUCGAUGUAACAGCCAGAGCAGCAGCAGCAGCCACACACCCUCCCCAAAGAUUCCCGCUUCCCCGAGCUUCACAUUUGGCUGCUCCCCACCGCGAGUCCAGACGCAGCACAACAGCACACACACCAACACACGUGGAGGCAACAAGUCACUCUGGCCAGUCAGGGACACUAAGCCUCCGGAGAAGAGACGCCCCCCUCACCACCGCUCCAUCCUCCAUUCUCCCAGUAACAGCCACACACCCCGCCCGCCCUCCGCCCUCACCCCCUUCAUCCUCGUCCUCCUCGUCUUCGUCGGUGUGCACGGCGGGCUCCUGCCCCCUCCCAGCGUCCAUCAGUAUGACAGGCUUUAGCUGCCCAGACUUUCAGGACUCGUGGAUCUGGAUCAGUCGGAUGGACCAGGAAUGUGUGCCCUGUGGCCCGGACGAGCGCCUCGAGCUCAUCACCCUGCAGAGACUGCUGAGACUGUUUACCUGAACGCCUGCUUUCUGCUGUCGAGCUCAGCAAGUGGACCUAAAACCGAAGAAAAGCCGCAUCCCUGUCUUGAGGGUGGGGUCAACAGUAGCUCUCCCACAUGUGACAUUAAUUUCCUCCCCUUCCCAGCAUCAGCUCCACCUCUCCUGGAAUCCACACAGGCCACCACUGUGAAGGUGUGGAAGCGGGUCACACUAGGCCAGCACUGCCACCUGUCACUCAC